AUGAAGACGAACCUGCGAGUCGCCAAGUACAACCGGACCUGCGCAGUUCUGAACGGUACGAUCGACACCCUCGUUACUUUUGACAACACUUUUACGUUCCAGAUGAAGACGGCUUACAGCCGCAUCGGCAAUAACCAGUUUAACGAGUAUCCAAUGAAGCUGGCCGAGCAACCGUUCUGCCAUUUCAUGAACGAGUCCUAUCGCACCUUUGAGGAUAAACUGCGGGAUAGCACCAACUUGCCGCAGGUUGGUCCGGAAGGGAUUUGUUCCAUCCCGGCCGGUCAUUACUGGUUUAAAUAUUUAAGGCAUACGCUGGACAACAUACCGUCGAUGGUUCCCGAGGGCUAUUGGCGGUUGACGUUUCUGAUGAGUGGGCCGGUUGAGGUAUCGGAGAUUCAGGUGUAUGUGAUUCUUUCCAGGGGGACGUUUGGGAAGUAA